GAAAAGAUGAAGACUACACUCGAGUCGGAAGGUAGUACGCCACUGCUGGGCAUUUCCCUGUCGAAUGCCCCUCUAGAAUACACUACACCAGCAGGUUUCAACAAGCCCAUGUUCCGGCCGAAACCUUCGUCUAAGCCUUCCGAAGACAAGUUUGUCCUUGUACCAACGAUCUCACAUGACACGAGUCGACCUAACAAGACCCAAGAGUACAACUCAAUUGUAAACAUACUCAACAUGUUGAAUAAUACGUCCACAAACAGACCAUUCCUUUCAAGUGACAGGACAACCACGACUGGCGGUCUCAGCAGCACAACAAGAAUACCCGACUAUAAAAUAACCUCUAGACAGCCACCAUCUACAUCUUACGUAUUCAGUACGACUAUACCACCACGCAGGACGACAAGUACAACCACAACAAAGAACACAAGACCAACAAAGAAGAAGCAAAGCAGCAAACCUACGAAGAAACCGACUACUUUGUAUAUUUAUUCUUUGGCACCAACCAAGACCACAUUUGCUAACUCACCAUCAGCAUUCAUAACCUCUGCUAGACCUCCUUCGACAUCAUAUACCUACGGUAGCUCACAACCUACUAGAAGGCCAAUUCAGACAAGUCAGGUGAGCGGUCCUGGAUUCACAGUGACUUCCAGCCCAAUCUUCACCAGUAAGUUUCCAACACCUGCUCCCACAGUUAUAGUACUUGGUCCCAUAACUGACAACGAGGUCGCAACCGAGCCAUUUAUACCAACUACCUAUGAUCAACGACCUGCGACAUUCUCAAGACCUACACAGGUGCCCCAAAGAAAACCUCCAAUCAGUCCCGUGAAUCACGUCACCAUCAACAAUCACGUGACUCAGAAUAUAUACAGUACUAGUGAGAGACCUUUGCCUACGGUUUUGAUCACACCUAAGCCUAGUAUAUCAUCAACCUUGCGGCCACAAGCAGAAGACCAAGAUACUGUGGAGGUGGUUUCAGCUACUCCAUCAUCUGAAGAUGUCAACUUCCCUCCUGUAAGGCAUCCAAACUUGAACCUUUCUAUUCCUGCACUAAACGAAGACGACAUCACUACACCAAUUUUUGUUGAAGAUGAAGCACUCAAUGCCAAUAUGGAGUCGUUUGUGAAUAAGAUCAUCCAAGACUUGCAGCAACCAUUUCACGAUCUGAAAGACAUAGUGUACAACAGAAACAAGACCUCAUCGUCAGUGCUGACUUUGAGUACUACAACGAAGAAACCUGUGAAGAAGCAAGGUACUACUUCGGCUGGAACGACAACAAAGAGACCUGCUGGUACUACGAGGCCGACGAGAUACCCAGCGACGGCUUCAAGACCUGGAACGACAUCUAGGCCGGUGACAACAAAGAAGACUACAGUUAGGAGGACUACGACCACAGUGACAACCCGGAGACCAGCUUCGACUACUACGAAAAGAGUGAGAGCGACUACGAGAAAGCCGAUAACGACAACUCAGAACUUGAUAGAGCAUUCUACUGAGCCUAUUGUUAUUGAUAACGAUGAUUACAGAACACAAUGUGGAAUCAGGCCACUGGUGGAUCGAAAUGGAAGGAUCGUAGGAGGAAAAGGAGCAGCGUUUGGAGAAUUUCCAUGGCAGGUGCUAGUCAGGGAAUCAACGUGGCUAGGAUUGUUUACCAAAAACAAAUGUGGAGGAGUCUUGAUUAGCCAUAGAUACGUGAUGACAGCCGCUCAUUGUCAACCUGGCUUCUUGGCCUCCCUCGUAGCAGUCUUCGGCGAGUUUGACAUCUCCGGGGAUUUGGAAAGCAAGAAGCCGAUCAGCAGAAACGUCAAGAGAGUCAUAGUGCACAGGCAGUACGACGCUGCAACGUUCGAGAACGAUCUGGCACUUUUGGAACUCGAACAGCCAGUGCAGUUCGAUUCGCAUAUCAUACCAAUCUGCCUACCGAGAGACGGCGAUGACUUCACUGGCCGAAUGGCAACAGUGACCGGCUGGGGACGCUUGAAGUAUGGCGGAGGAGUACCCGCGGUACUACAGGAGGUUCAAGUACCCAUCAUGGAGAAUCACGUGUGUCAAGAAAUGUUUAGGACAGCUGGUCACUCUAAAGUCAUCCUGGAAUCGUUCUUAUGUGCGGGAUAUGCUAACGGGCAGAAGGAUUCUUGCGAGGGCGACUCCGGUGGACCUCUCGUCCUUCAACGACCAGACGGACGGUACCAGCUGGCAGGCACAGUCUCGCACGGCAUCAAGUGUGCUGCGCCCUACCUACCAGGCGUCUACAUGAGGACGCAGUACUUCAAACCUUGGAUAACCUCGAUAACGGGCGUUACGUCGCCUUGAUGAUCAAGACCAUACAAAUCAGUGUGAUAGACCAAUAUUGUUCGAUAAGCGAGAGGCUUUCUGUUUUUGUAUAUAGUAGGAAUAUUGUGGUUGAAUGAAAAGCCACCAGACGGUGCUAGAAUACUUAAAUCUUUAGACGCCUGCUGGUAGUAAGAAAUGUUUAGGUCUUUUGAGGAG